GGCAGCUGCUGCAUGAAUUAAGACGGGGCACGACAAACACCCUCAUAUGUUGCCUUAGUUUCAGAGACGAUGACCAAUACCUUGUCUCGUCUUCGAGUUCUAACACAGUGCAUGUUUUCCGUUUGGCAUCUGCUCGCCACAGACGCUCUGGUAGUGGCUCCCAAGGUUCGCAGCUGCCAGUGACGUUAGGGCCGACGCCACCCGAAGGCUCGCCACCACCUUCAAGACCUCGGUCUAGCUCGACUACGGCUGCGUCGCUUUCUUCAACCCUACUAUCUUAUGCUACGUCUGCUGUAAACUAUGUAGAGCAGCAUACAACCACACUUCUCCAAUUACGAGGCGGCACGCCGGAGCAGACCCAGGCCGCGAAGCAGUCCCUCGCGAACACGUUGCCGAUAGGGUACUUCAAAUCAGCACGAUCCGUUGCCCAGUUUCAUCUCCCUGAUAUUGAUCCUGCUACUGGAAAGACAUCCGUAGAUCUCCGUGCCGUAUCAGGGGGACUGGUGAAAGCGAACGUUGGGGAGAGCGUGCCUAUCAGCGGCCCGUUGGUGUGCUUUUCUAAGACGCACCUCAACAGGAUCUACGUAUUCCACUACAACGGCUUGCGAUAUGAGUGUGAGUUUGAUGAUGAUGAUGUCGAAGUAUUGACAGGAGGUUCUGGAGAAGUGCCCACCUCAACAGCAAUGCAUCUGAUACAAGCUAUAACAUUCUUCGCUUCGAGACCUGAUUUCCACAUGGAUAAUACGGCAUCAAAGACCGAUCCUCCAGUAGAUGUUGGUGAAGGACCCUGGCAGGUCGUAUAGAAUAUCUGCCCAGUGAAUGAAGGAAAUCGAUACUAGGAAAUAUUCUGUUGGUUGC